AUGGAUUCAGACACACUGCAGGUCUUCCAGAGUGAACUCACCUGCUCCAUCUGCAUGAACUGCUUCCUGGACCCCGUCACCAUAGACUGUGGGCACAGCUUCUGCCGUCCCUGUCUGAGCCUUUGCUGGGAAGAAGGCCAGACUCCAAGGAGCUGCCCUGAGUGCAGGGGAAUAGCAGAGAGGCCCCAUUUCAAAACCAAUAUUGCCCUCAAGAGGCUGGCCUCCCUUGCCAGACAGGCCAGAGCUGACCACGACCACCGCUCUGAGGAGCAGAUCUGUGAGACACACCAGGAAGCCAGAGGCCUCUUCUGUGAGGCUGACCAGACCCUGCUCUGCGGGCCCUGCUCUGAACGCCCCGAGCACGCAGCUCACAGCCACAGUCCCAUACACAGGGCUGCUGAGGAGUCCCGGGAGAAACUUCUAAAGAGAAUGGGCUCUUUAUGGAAAAUCAGAGAAGAAAUGAAAAUCAUUCUGAACCAGGAAGCUAAAAAAACAAGGUCACUUAAGAACUAUGUGUCCUUAAGGAAGAAGAUGAUUAUAGCUGAAUAUCAGAGGAUGCUUCUGUUGCUCCGGGAAGAGGAGCAACUGCAUCUGGAGGCCCUGGAGCAAGAAGCCAAGGAGAUUUGUGAACAACUCAAGGAAAGUGUGCUCAGAAUGACUCAGUACAGAGAACAUCUGAAAGACAUAUACAGAGAGCUGACUGCGAUGUGCUGCAAGCCGGACAGGGAGCUGCUCCAGGUGAGAAAGGAGGUAGAUUCAUGGACUGACUUGGCAGAGAUGCAGAAGCCUCAGCCAGUGAACCCAGAGCUCACUUGCUGGCCUGUCACUGGAAUCCUAGACAUGCUGAACAACUUCAGAGUGGAUAACAUUCUGAGUCGGACAAUGACCAUUCACCACAUGAGCCUUUCUGAGGAUGAAGAUGAUGCAAGUGUGAUGUUCAGAGAUGAGCACCACGGCGUGUCCAGACAACCUCAGAUUGUGGACAGUGUCGUGUCCUGGGGAACUCGGGCCUUCACCUCUGGGAGGCAUUACUGGGAGCUGGAUGUGACGCAGUCCUCCAGCUGGAUUCUGGGCACCUGCAAAGAUAUCUCGAUAACUGAAACUAAUAUCAGCAUUUAUUCUGAAGAAGCAUGUGUUCUGUUUUCCAAGAAGGUGAACAAUCAUUAUAGUCUCUUCACCAACACCCCACCCUACAUUCAGUAUGUGAAAAGGCCUCUGGGUAGGAUUGGGGUGUUUCUGGAUUAUGACAAUGGAGCCGUGAGUUUCUAUGAUGUUUGCAGAGGAUCCCUCAUAUACAGUUUCCUUCCUUCCCCUUUUUCCUUCCCUCUGAAGCCUUUCCUUUGUCUUAGGUCUCUAUGA